AAAGUAAUUUUCUUUCUUUAGUAAGUAAGUAUGGAUCCAAGAUUACUUUUGGUUACUCAAUCGGGUAGCACUGAUGCUUUAUAUUCUCUUAUACAAGCGGAUCCAUGUAUUUUUCAAAACAUUGACACUUCACCAUUCAUCCACACACCUCUUCAUGAAGCUUCUUCUACUGGGAAAAUAGAUUUAGCAAUGGAACUGAUGAUUCUUAAGCCAUCUUUUGCCAAGAAACUAAACGCACAUGGGUUUAGUCCCUUGCAUCUCGCUGUCGAGAACCAGCAAGUUGAGUUAGCAUUAGAGCUAGUCAAGUUUGAUCCCAGUCUUGUUCGUACUCGUGGAAGAGGAGGUAUGACACCAUUGCAUCUUGUGGCAAAAAAAGGUGACGUCGAUCUUCUUACAGAGUUUCUCCUGAUAUGUCCCGAGAGCAUUAGAGAUGCUAAUGUAAAUGGAGAAACUGCUUUACACAUCACGGUUAUGAAUGAUAGAUACGAAGAUCUCAAAGUUAUAAGAGGGUGGAUGCAAAGAAUACGCGACAAUGAUGCUUUGUCCACCGAGAUUCAUGUCUUGAACAGACGUGAUCGUGAAGGCAACACGGCCUUGCACCUAGCAGCAUACAAGAACAGUCACCAGGCAUUAAAACAGUUGUUGAAAUGCAUGUCACUGAACCGGAACAUCAGGAAUAAGAGUGGCAUGACGGUCCUUGAUGUCUUAAGAGCCAAUGGACCUCACAUGAACAGAGAUACAGAGAAAAUUCUACAAAAGGCGGGUGGUAAGAGUGCGGCUUCUCUAUCCAAAGUUGAGACAACCUCUGUUUUCCUAAGGCAACCUGUGACUUUUUAUGAAUAUUGCUCUACGGGAAUGGCACGUUUUAGGAGUCGUAUGUCAGAUGGAGUACGGAACUCUCUUCUAGUAAUAAUAGCUCUGAUAAUCACAGCUACUUAUCAGACAGCGGUCCAGCCAGAAGAUGAACCUAAACAAGGAAAACAUCCGGAUAACCUCAUAUUAAAGCCUGUGCUACUAUGGGGAUUCAAUACUAUAGCCUUUUUCUCAGCUAUGGCCUUGACAUUUAUACUCUUACCAGUUGGUAGAGCAUAUACUUGGUGGUAUAUCUUCAUUUCGGUACCUCUUAUCUGUUGUUAUGAACCGGUAUUCUUGUUGAUGUAUUUAAUUGUCAUAUUCGGGCUACUCACUUAUCUACUUGUAUUCUACGUGAAGUGGAAGCGGACUACGCAGAAGAAGGUACCGAAACCGAAAACAGAGUUGAUUUCUCAAGGCUUCAAGACCAUGGUUUAGCCAUUUGAAUAGAUUCGUUGCUCCCUGUAAAAGCUUGAUUGUUAUGCAAACAUAUUCAAUAGCCUUGUACACACUCAUUUCGGAAAUACUCUUAAAGAUGA